AUGCACCUGUGUCAGGAGUGUGGCAAAUCCUUCAGCACGAAGGGAAGCCUGACGAGGCACCAGCGGAUCCACACGGCAGAGAAGCUCUUCGCUUGCGAGGAGUGUGGGAAGCGGUUCACCACCCGGGGCCACCUCACGACCCACCAGAGCAUCCACACGGGAGAGAGGCCCUUCUGCUGCAGGGAGUGCGGGCGCUGCUUCCGCCUGGAGCUAUGCCUGGCCGCCCACCGGAAGACACACGCCAAGGGUGGUCCCUACCUGUGCAACCACUGCGGCAAGAGCCUGAGCACAAAGAUCUACUUCAACAUCCACAUGCGGACGCACACGGAGAAGAGGCCGUUCGCCUGCACCGAGUGUGGGAAGAGCUUCGUGAAGAAGGGGACCCUCACCAUCCACAGCGAGAUCCACAAGCAGGAGAAGCCCUUCAAAUGCCCCGACUGCAGCAGAUGCUUUGGGCAAAGUGCCACACUGCUGGCCCAUCAGAAGAUACAUCUCCGGGGGGGGCCUUUCAUUUGUACUGAGUGUGGGAAGAGCUUGAGCACCAAGUGCUAUUUCAAUAUCCACCAGAGGAACCAUGCUAAGCAAAAACUACUCGAGGAACACAUCAAUAGUUUGUCUCUCCAGGUCAUCCAAAUUAAAGAUCCCCAUUUUGCCUUCAGGUCAGAGGAUAAUAUAUUGGAGAAUAUGUCCUAUGAAGGAGAUGUAGCCCAGGAGUGUAGCAUACCUAGAAACUCAUCUAAUCAAAAAUGUCCUCCUUGCAAAAUCCAGAUGAAGGAGGAACCAGAAUCACCCACUGAUGACACAGUAAACAUUGCCACAAUAGCCUGCCAGAAACUUGACAUCAAGAAAGAGCCACCAGAAAACCCAGACUGUGGAAAGCUCUUUGAUCCAAAGAUCCCACCGACAGCUUUACAGGGGAGACAGCUUAAAAAGGAAGAAGAUGCUAAUGGGCAGCACGAGCGGGAAGUCCCCGUAGCCAGUAACCUGUUGCUCCAUGUGAAGGAAGAACCACAGGAAAGCAUUACGUUUGGGAUGCAUCGUGGGCAGAAGCCAAACCUCAGUGCUAUCCAGAGGAUGCAAGUUAAAGAGGAACCUGGUGUGGAGGCCAAUCACCAGGAGAGCCAGAGCCCAAAGACAAAGCAGAAGAAAUGCCAUCAGCCCACCAAAGGGGGGAUUCUGGAGAACCAGGAGAAAUCCAUGUCCAAGAAUGAUCCUUCAGCAAAAGGCUCUCCCAGGGGUGAACAGAUAUUCCCCUGUCCUGAGUGUGGGAAGAGUUUCAAUCAGAAGUCGAACCUGACCAGACACAGGAAGAUCCACAUGAGUGAGGGGCCGUACAAGUGCAGUGAGUGUGGGGAGAGCUUCCGCAUGAACCGCAAGCUGAUCCGCCACCAGCGAGUCCACGUGAGCGAGCCCUUCAAAUGCACCGAGUGCGGGAAGAGCUUCACCCAGCGGUUCAACCUGGUUCGGCAUCAGAAGAUCCACACCAAGGAGGAGCCCUACCAGUGCCCGGAGUGCGAGAAGACCUUCAACCAAAAGACCAACCUCUUCCGUCACCAAGCAAUCCACGUCCGCAUUGGGCCUUGCAAGUGCACCAAGUGUGGGAAGUGCUUCCCCCAGAAGCGCCACCUUGUCAAACACCAGCGGCUCCACUCCCGAGGUGGCGCCUACAAGUGUGGGGUCUGUGGGAAGCGCUACCGGCUGAAGAAGUACCUGAGGAGGCACCAGAAAAUCCACAUGCGGGAAGGAACCGCUCCCCGCGUGAAACAGGGGGAGGCCACAAGGACUGACGUUUUAAACACAAGAGCAUUCUGGAGGCCCACCAGAAAUCUCAUAAAGAGGAGACAGAGGCUGAAGGCUGUGAGAAGGAGGGUGAUGCUGACCGGGCUGGAGAGCUGCAUGACCAAGAAGGCAUCAGAGCUGGCCAGAGGGGAAGCCAAUGGUGAAGGCCAGAGCAAGCACAGCACACAGAGUGAUCCUGAGAGAAGGGAGAAGCCUCAUGCCUGCAUUGAGUGUGGGAAGACCUUCAAGAUGAAGGUGGACAUCUCCAAGCACCUCCGGACUCACACAGGUGAGCGAUCAUUUCCCUGCACUGACUGCAGCAAGAGGUUCAUCAUCAAAUCACAACUCAAGGGGCACCAGAGGGUCCACACAGGUGAGCAGCCAUACAAGUGUCUGGACUGUGGGAAGAACUUCACCCAGAAGUUGCAGCUCAUCGUGCACCACUGGAUCCACACAAGUGAGAAGCCCUACCAGUGCAGCAGCUGCCAGAAGAGCUUCAUGGACAAGUCGCAGUUGAUGCCCACCACUGGAUCCACAUGGGUGACCAUCCCUUCAAGUGCAGGGUGUGCAGCUGUGGCUUCCGCCAGAAGAUCACCCCUGUCAAGCAUCAGCUGGUCCACAGUGCCAAGGGGGCCCAGCAGGACAUCGCUAGAGCCAUCAUGGCCGAAUCUAGUCCAGUGGGGGAGAAAAUCUUCCAUUGUGGCACCUGUGGGAAGGACUUUAAGAAGUUAG